AAAUGUCAUAAGGAAAAUUCACCCAAGUCUGAUCGCCGCUGUUCGUCGGAGCGUUUGGUUCCAACAAAUUGUUCCAUUUUUAUCUAGCAUCUGGAAUUUUUAGUUUACUUAAGUGUAAUUGUUCGGUGUACAACCGUCCGGUAAAGCAGCCGGAAGUGAAUUUCAGGUUCCACCUACAGCAAAAAAAAUCAUAAAUCAAUAUGGAUAUGGGACCUCCUAGAGGUGGAUUCCGCGGCGGACGCGGUGGUCCACCGAGAAGCAGCUUCGGAGAACGUGGCCGCGGCCGUGGUGGACGGGGUGGUCCAGGAGGAUUCGGAAUGGGACGUCCCGGUGGAUUUGGAAGCCCUCCAAUGAUGCGAGGACGAGGGUUGCUUCGAGGACCUCCCCGAGGUUUAGGAGGCCCUCCACGAGGACCGCCAAUGUCUCGCGGUGGUGGUCCGUACAGCAGUAGACCACCGAUGGGUAGUGGACCACCACGCAGCAGCUACGGAUCAUCCGUCAGCAAUGGCUCAGGACCACCAGCUUCAUCAACAACAGAAAACGGUACCUCAGGAGAUCUUAAAUCAGCGGACACUACUACGACAAAACCAGCUGCAGCAAGUACAAGUGGUAGCACUCCUACUUCCACUUCGAACUCUGCUGCAUCCUCGUCUGCUCCUAAAUCGUCAUCUGCAUCAGUACCCGGUUCAGAAUCUGGAAGAACGACCCCCCCACAGCCGAUUAAGACGGCAGAUUCUAGUAGCUUAUCUCAUUCUCACUCCCACUCAAGAGAUUCACACGAUUCAUCAAUUCAGUCGACCGGUGGAUCAUAUCAUUCCCGGCGAUACGAUGGACCACCUCGUGGAAGUCGCGGAGGUUAUCCUCCUCGUGGAUCUAGCCGUGGUCGAGGUGGAUAUGGGGGUUACGACAGAUACGAUGGUCCAAGGCCACCACGCGGUAUGGGUGGUCGUGGGCGAGGAGGUUACGGUGGACACGGAGGACACGGAGGAGGGGGUCCAAGUGGAUAUGGACAACCCUAUGGAGGCGGAUAUAACAGUGGUCCUCCACCAUCGUACGGUGGACACAUGUCAGCGUAUCCUCCUUCCGGUGGUUACAAUCAAGGCCCACCUCGGCAACAGUUCGAUACCCGUCAGCCAUCCAACACAACUACGGUUACACCAAUUAAACGGGGUGGAAUGCCCGGUGGACCCCCUGGACCUAAACGAGGUCGGUAUGAUUCAGGGCCUCCGAGUCGGUCCUUCCCACCGAAAAGUAUGCCUCCACACCAUGGUGCACCUGCGCCUGUUCCUUCGUAUGGUGCCCCACCGUCUAUGGGCGUACAUGGCGGUUAUCCGGAUCACAGCCACCAAGCUGCUACCGGAAUGGAUCAGUAUGGCGCACAAGGUGCGGCUGCUGCGACAGCCUAUGGUGCUACUGCUGCUGCACCACAAGCCGGUUACGCAACCAAUGGCUACGGUCAGACAGGCUACGCCGCAGCAGCAGUACCAGCAACCGGCUACGCCACCGGCACAGAAUACGACGCCAGUCAUUACGACUACAGCACGGGUACCUAUGACAGCAGGUAUCAGACGGGGUAUACCCAAGAUUACAGUCAAUCUUAUGGUACCACCGCUGAUUACACCGCUACGACGGAAGCAUACCCUACCCAGCAAUACGAUGAACGAACAGCGUACGCAGGUUAUGACGCACAAGCCUAUUCACAAGGCUAUGCAAAAACUGAUCAGUACGCGCAUGGUGGUUAUUACUAAGACAAAGCAAGAGAUGAUAAACAAAACACAAAAAAAAAACAAUCUAUCAAACAAAAAAAGUGAUGUAUGAUUAAAAACGCAAAAAAAAAGAAAACAUCAACUUAACAGAAAACAUAUUAUGCAGCCAAAUUGGAUCACACAACAGACAAAUAUAACAGAAACGGUUUUCUCAAGUGAGACAAAUCAUCAGAUCGGAAGGAAAAACGUCUACUAUCAGCUUCCGCUAGGAGCAGCAAAGUUAUUGCAAAGAUCUCGCCGGUGCAAAAGAUAAACUACAAAACUGCAUUCAGUACCAUGCUGGAUCUGCAAAAAUAAGCAAACGAGAGCAAACAAAACUUACCCAACAACGGUAUCUCGGAUUAGUUGUCCACACCAGUCAAAAUCGUAGUCUUUAAGUUACUUCUUUCCAUUAUUUUGUUUAUUUUAUUUUAAAUUCUUAACGGUAUUGCAUCCAUAAAUGGUAGUGCUUUACUCUACAGUUCUUAUCCAGUUUUAUCAAGUUGUACCAUAAUAAUGCAGAAUUAUGAGUCUUGAAAUACAGUGAACAAAAAAUACAGUUUAUUCGAAAAUGUAAUACUUACUAGCAUUAGGUGUCAACAAAAAAAUUAAAAGAUUGCGUAAAAACAACAUAAAAUAAAUUAUCUUGCACCCCAAUAAAGAAUAACUUUGGAUGUUUACUAUUCCACUAGCGAUCCAGUUGGUUUCUCAUAGCAUUAA